AUGAGUGCUAUUCCUCAAUCAACAACAUGUCACACAUAUGAAUUAGGCAGCGAUCAUCAAGUCAGCGUUUUGACUCAAAUAGCCGAAAUUGGAUCGGGUACAUUUACGUAUAUUGACGAGUUAAAUGCAGUAGGUGAUUCAUUUUCCCAUACACUAGGUAGUCUCUUCUCAUGUAUUGCACAAAAUAUUGAAGCCAAAAUUGAGCUAGAAAAUCCAUAUCAAAUUGUCAAAGUUCAUUCAAUUUUUCCUAGUUCACCUGUCCCAAGUUCGUGCGUCACCAUCAAAAUACAUGAUUUGAACGAAGAAGAGAAACGAAAUCUCGUAUUUGAAAUUCAUGUGGCAACCGUUAACGAGACAGAUGCAGAAAAAUCUCAAAUAGGGACGGCAUCAGUGAACUAUAUUGAUCCAUUAAGCCAAAAAAUAUUGUUCACUCAGUCUAUACCUUUGAGACUCAUACGCUCAAAAGUGAUAAAUGAUGAGAAACUACUCGAGGUCAACUAUGAUCUGGAUGUACAACGAAAUCGUAUCAUUGCUGCAAAUGGAAUGAAAGAAGCUACUGCGCAUGCAGAGAAUCACGACAUGGAUCAAGCUAAGGCUAUUUUACAAGCCGUCAUUGAUAAAAUAAGCGCAUCAAUAUCAUUGAACGAUACUUUAUGUCAAGGUCUUAUCAAUGAUUUGAACAAGGGUAUUGAAAAAUUCGAACAUGAUAAACAACAAUUCACUGCUUACAUGUACAAUAUGGAAAUACAAUAUCGAACGGAAAGGGGAACAUACAUGGCACCUAUGUUUACCAAUGCAAACAUGUAUAUUACAUCGAGCAAUUGA